UCGGCACUGACGGUCGGCUGGCAGUGGUGGUGUGUGAAUGGAGGCUUCGGCCCCCGGCCGGACGCGGCGGGGCAGGCGUGGGGGCUGGCGGCCGGCCCGGGUCAGGGGCGCCUCGCUCUUCUUGGCCGUGGUCGCCCUCCUGUUGUCGGCCUUCGUUGUGCAGGCGCCUCCAGCAGUUGAAACUUUGAAUCGAUUACCAAGAGGGUUUCACUUGGUCAAGGAUACAUUGAAAAUAGUGGGAUCACCAAAUUUCCCAGUGAACGUAUAUGUUAUGCUCCAUCAAAAGAGUCCACACUUGUUAUGUGUAACCCAGCGACUACGGAAUUCUGAACUGGUAGACCCAUCAUUCCAGUGGCAUGGACCAAAAGGAAGAGUUGUUUCAGAAAAUAACAGUGUGCAAGUAACCACCACAGGAAGCCUUGUAUUCCAGAACAUGGAUGAGAGUAUGAGUGGAGUUUAUACAUGUUUCCUUGAGUAUAAACCUACUGUGGAAGAAGCUGUAAAAAAUCUUGAACUAAAAUACGUUGUAUAUGCUUAUCGUGAGCCUCGUUUUUAUUAUCAGUUCACUGCUCGAUAUCAUGCAGCUCCCUGCAAUAGUAUUUAUAAUAUUUCUUUUGAGAAGAAACUUCUUCAGAUUUUGAGCAAAUUGGUUCUUGACCUUUCAUGUGAAGUUUCCUUACUUAAGUCUGAAUGUCACCAUGUUAAAAUGCAAAGAGCUGGUUUGCAGAAUGAAUUAUUCUUUACAUUUUCAGUUUCAUCUAUAGAUACUGAAAAAGGAUCCAAGCCAUGUUUAGACCAAAAUUGUGAAUCUACCAAAAGGCUAUCUAAGGCUAAGACUCUCAUAGAGAGAUUCUUUAAUCAGCAAGUUGAAGUUCUAGGCAGACGUCCUGAGCCAUUGCCUGAAAUAUACUAUAUUGAAGGUACUCUCCAAAUGGUUUGGAUUAAUCGCUGCUUUCCAGGUUAUGGAAUGAAUAUCUUGAAACAUCCAAAAUGUCCUGAGUGCUGCGUGAUCUGCAGCCCUGGAUCUUACAACCCCCGUGAUGGAAUUCACUGCCUUCAGUGCAAUGACAGCACGGUGUAUGGAGCAAAAGCAUGCUUCUAGGACACUAUUUUGAGUUCUUCGGUGGUUUAUUAAGCCCCCUAAAAGUACAGUUUUAAAAUAUGAGUAUAUAAUAAAUCAAUAUUAUGCCAAAAUUAAAUAUAUUUGAUUUAACCCCACAAAAAAGUGGUGUCAUCAUUUUAACUGAAGGACUGUAUGCCCACAUGCUUUAUGUAAUCUUUAACCAUUAGUGUCAAGUAUCCUAGUGAUUUCAUUGGGAUCGUGCUUUUUAUAAUAAUUUCAGGGUGCCAGAAGAUAGCCUGUGGUGUAUGACAUGCUACCUAGUUUGUACGGCCCACAUUCAAGACCCAGCACCAUGAGAAGAGUGCUACAGCACCAGUGCAAGCUGUGACACUGUGGCUUAUCUCACCCACUGUCUGUCUUCAUGUGAAUAAAAAUGCUGACUUGGGAGUCAUGAAAGUAUACAUUUGUGAAGCUCCUAUGAAGCAAAGAGAGAGAGAGGAGAGAGAGAGAGCGAGAGAGAGAGGAAGAAAAAAAUCAUUUCAAGUAUACUGAUUUAACCCAUAAAUUUUUCAGGGCUUAAAAAAAAAUC